AUGGCCACCCAAAACCCACUCCUCAUCCUUCCCCUUGUCUUUCUCCAGGCGUUCUCCAUCGAGCUCUUCGAGCUACCCGGCACAUAUCUCUUUCGCCAGAUCAGAUGCGACGAGUACCGUCUCCAGAUCUCUCUUCCAGACUAUGAUCACAACGACGACAUAUGUCGACUCCCCGCUGUCCAAAAAAAAUACACCACUGAUCUCGCAAUCUACAUGGGCCUCCUCAGUCUCCUAGCAAUCCUCGUAUCCAGUCCAUACGCAAGGCUAUCAGACGCAAAGAGUAGGAAACUCGUCAUUGCCAUCGCAGCUGCCAUCACCACUCUCGGUGAAAUUUGGCUGCUUCUCUGUGCUGGCUUCGCUCCCUUGAGGCGCCCCAUUUUCAUAUACUUUGCCGCAGUCAUAAAGGGCCUCGGUGGAAGCUACUCUGUCAUGAAGGCAGCUGAAAUGGCAAUCAUAGCAGAAAACUCUUCCGUGCAAAACCGUUCCUUCUACCUCGGUCUCAUCCUCGUCAUGUCCAUGGCCGCAGCCGCAGUCGCUCCCUUGAUCAGUGGCGUACUCGUAGAUGGCGGCCAUUAUGUUGCCACUUUCAGCGUCGGUUUAGCCGCCUGGAUCAUCCAUCUCCUCUAUCUCACCAUCGUCAUACGUGAGCCAAAGAAGGAACACCGCGUCCUCGAACAUGUACAUACCACACAGCCAGUUGCUCCUCAAUUACCUUCUCAAUCCACCACCACAACGCGCAUAUCCUCCGCAGUAAAGGCAGUCUCAGAACGUGCCGCAAAGCUACUCCUCGAGCCCCUCUACAUCAUCGCCUCAAAACCCACCCUCCGCCUCCUCGGCUUGGUAGACUUUAUGAUGAUGCUUGCUACUGGUGCCUUCAUCGUCCUCAUAGUAUGGUCUGACCGCAUGUUUGGCUUGAUUCCCAGCGAGGCAAGCUGGUGUGAUUUCCGCGACAAUGUCCGUCUCACUGAGGAUUCUGUCCAAUUGGAUGUCGCCCAAUCCGAACCGUUGUUUGGCACCCGGGAGUCGACGGAAGAUAGCCCUAGGGCUGAAGUAUCUAACGAUGCGAACGCUGACGCGUCGAAUGCGCCGUCUGCGGAUGUAUCUAUCGAAGACACUUUGCGCGCUCAAAAGGCCCGAAAACUGUCUGCAAAGCAAGAAUUGUUAAUUUGUCGCGUCUGCUUCCUCAUCGAUACCUUGGGCAUGCUCUUGGUCUCAGUGAGCAAGUCGCCUACUCAAGUAUCUAUAGCUGUGGCGAUCGGUUCCUUGGGCGCACCAGCCGUACCCUCGCUCCAGACGCUCACGACGCUCGCAAGCCCACCUUCAGAGCUCGGCCGAGUCCUCGCCGCACUCUCCAUCAUCGAAUCCGCCGUUCUCGCUCUGCGCAGUCCAAUUCUCUUUGGAAUAUACAAUCUCACGCUGGGCAGUUCUCCUGAAGUCGUGUGGUGGUGCGCUCCUCUUGGUGUGUGGGCUCGCGAUGCAGCUCUUGAAGCCUGCACGGUUUCUCUCGGGUGCGACGAGAUGAACGACGAUGAUACCUUGGAACUGCGUUUGGGCUCAACGCUUCAGUUUGCGGCAUUCUUGGGGGCUUGCAAUUCAAUCGUAGAAUACGCAACCGCAGAUAGUUCGCCCGAGUCGAGCGAAGCCGCAGUUGUAUUACUUCAUAUUGAUAUAAUCCUACGCACAUGCUUUGCUGCUUUAGAAGGUCGAUUUUAG